ACAGUUUUUUUUGACAGCUGUGCAGGCAUCGUAGAAAAAGCGGAAAAGUUUUGCGCUGUUCGAAAAUAUCCAUAUUAUAUUUUCCAUGAUAUUUCCGUAGAAAAUUGUCCAACAUGACCAAAACCGUGCGGUUGGCGUCUUUUUGUCGCCUGUGUUUAACUAAAACUAAAGACAAAGUGCCCGUAUUUGCUGAAGGAAGUCUUUUGGAUGAUUUACUAAAGCUGAUCGAGAUUAAGAUCAAUCCGGACGAUGAAUCGAAUGCCGUAGUGUGUUACGACUGUGUGGUCACUUUGGAGGGUUUUCAUCAGUUUAAAGAGCAGUGCCAUGUGAACGACGAGUUCGUAAAAACGAUUCCUCCCAAGGCGGAUGACGAGGCUUUGUCCGCGGAGGAAGAAGACGAUCAAGACGAUCGAAGUGCUGUCGAUGACGAUGACGAGCAAGACAUCGAAGAGGAGGAUCAUCUGGAACUUAGUGAAGAGGAAGAAGUGUUUCAUGAGCUUCCGGCCAGCAGAAAAUCGCCCAGGUCAAAGAAAAAACCAGCUCCCAAGAAAUCGCCGGUUGGCAAAUCUGGGAAAACAAAGACGAAGACUAAAAGCCCGAAGAAGGCAAAGGACGAGGAUAACAAACCGGGUAAACAAUCAUUGGACGAGAUGCAGGUCAUACAGGAAUCGUAUCCGGAUUUCUUUUAUUUCGAGAAGGGAUCCCGCUCAGUUUAUUACACGAUGGUUUAUUACGGCGAACGUUACAAUUCGGCACUAUUUUCGGAGCGGUCCACCUACUGGCAAUGCACGAAUCGGAGAAGGUACUCGUGCCCAGCUCGGGUUAAGGUUACCAAUGAUUAUAAGCAUUUUGAACGGCACUUCGAGCACACCCACGAGCAGCUGCCGGAGAAGAAUGGGCAAGCUUUCACGCCACACGAAGCCCUACCGGAAAUAUUCAAAAUCUGCAAGAGAAUCGUUGAAUCGAAAAAGAUCAAUUAUGAUUUGAAACUUGAAGAAACUAUUAAAAGUGAAACAGUUGACAAUGAUGACGAAGAAGAUAGCGAUGAAGAAACUUUUGAAAGUACAUUCCAGAAGUUUGCUAAUUCCAAAAAGAAAAGCGCUAAAAUUUAUUCAUCGGAAUCUGAUGAUUCGACUGACGAUGCUCGAUCGAAGAAGAAAACAAAACCCAAAACAAACGCUCAGCAAAAGAAACGAAGAGCUAUUUCUGAAUCGGAAACGGAAAUAAAAUCUAAAAAAACCAAAAAGGUAGAACAGCUAAGCGAAGACUCAGACGAAGACGAUAAUCUGGACCUCGAUCAAAUUGAACAGGAAUGUGAUGCUUUAAAUGUUCCGAAGCGGCCCUCUUGCGGCCCAACACUGGACGAAAUGUUAGUCCUGGGAGACUCCUAUCCGGACUAUUUCUUCUUCGAAAAGGGUCCCCGUUCAAUCUACUUCACUUUGGUUUACUACGGUGAAAGAUUCCAUUCCGCUUUAUUCACCGAACGUUACACCUAUUGGCAAUGCCGACAUCGUCGCAAGUACAAAUGCCCAGCUCAAGUGGCCGUCACCAACGAUUACAAAAGUUUCGAACGGCGAUACGAGCACACCCACCCGGCUCUUCCGGACAAGGAAGGACAAGCGUUCACGCCGACCGAGGCUCUUCCGGAGCUGUUUGCGGCGUGUCGAAAGAUCGUUCGAAAGAAUAAGGCGAAACGGCGACAGAAGCUGCUGCAUAAGUAUCAAUUUUUGAACUCAAUCAAUAGUUCGGCGGAGAAACCAUCGACCGACAGCGUGGAUCUUGAUCAGGAGGAAAUGGUAGAAGUUAUUGACGUGGUGGAAGAAGACACAACAUCAAUGAAAGACGAUCUGGAAUAUGAGGAGCUAAUCGAAGAAGAUUGAGCGGUAAGGAAGAGAGAUGAAUCCGUUGAGGAUUUCUGUAAGUUUUAUGUAUGUAUAAUUUGAAUAUUUCAUGAAUAACAUUAAACAUUACAUCAUA